CAGAGAGAUCGGUGCGAUUGUGAGGAUCUGCUCUCGCUCGCCGAGGAAAGAGGGAGAGAGAGAAAGAGGCAGACUUUUUCGAUCACUCGUGUGAGGUGAAAAAAAACUAUAUAGUUCGUGAUUUUCCUUCAAUUUUUUUAUUCAUUGACUGGAUCUUGAUGGGCAGCCGGUCCCCCUAGAGAGUUUAUGGAACACCAUUGGAGCUGCGUGUACCAGUUCGCCAAAAGCUCUCGGAAGCUGUUCGGUUGUCUGGUGUCCCUCCUCCCCCCUUGCCAAAAUGGGACCUGUCUCCCCCCCUCGCUCUUCCAUAGAAACAACAACAACGACGACGACAACAACAACAACAACAACAAGGACAGCAGGACCCUGAAUCCGAAACUAGACCAGUGAUGAAGAAGCCCUUAACAGCCACUCACAACUUGCCAGAUCUUCGAAGAAGAAGAGGAAGUAUUUAGGACGUUUCAUGUCAGGGAAUUAUGGCAACUAUUGGCAAAGCUCACGUCGAAAAAUCUCACGGAUUUCUCAUAUCAGUCAACAUCUAAAUACGUCAGAAAGAAGCUGAAUAAAUAAACCUUUAAUGUAUGGCAAAACAUCAUCCGAAGAUGAGAAGAAACGAGAUGAACUGCCCUCUGUGGAUCAGGGAGCCGAGUCCAGCACGAUUGCCCAGGAUUACUACGUCCCAAGAGGAGAUAAAGAAGAAUAUUAGACCAUUCCAUUCGAGAGAUCGUCUGUCAGAGAGUCUUCAUGGACGGUGCUAAUGUGAUCUUCGAUAAGUACCGUACCUCCUGAUACGGGAGAAGAUUAAUUUGUUUGGUUUGGUUUCAGUUCCUGAAAUGGCGAUGCUAGAAAGAUAAUCAUUUCAGUUUCAAGUCUCACUGUUCAUUUUGUGUUUACAUCUGAUUCGGCGGAUUUCGAACAGCGAUGAUGAUCGUGCAAAGGAGAGUUCUGUUGCUGCUCAAACGCUCUUUGGUUCUGUUAACUCUUCUGAAUCAGAGUCCUAAGUCCGUCAUUAAGAUGCUGUGUUUGUUUUUGAAGUUCGUUUGCGUCGAGUGAUCAGUUCCGGGCUAGAGAAAAUCACGACAAUUCCGCCUGACCUUGAGGUAUCUUUUUUGUUUGACUUUCCAUAAACAGUGACACUUUAAAUGCUCAAUAUGUAAGUGGUUGCUUAUUAAGAAUUUACCGUUAUUUUUUGUUAGUCAACUGUAAUUAAUCUCAUAAGUUGUAAGCUGGGCAUUCUGGGAGCAUAUUACCGAAGUGUAUAUACCCUUGCCGACAUGGGGGCUGCUCGGCCAAUCACAGCACGGAAAACCAGUGACGUAGAAUGACGUCAUCUCCCUUUCUGCCAAUCAUCGGAGGAGGACGAAUGAUGUUGAAAAAAGUUUCGUGUAUUUUGGGAAAAUAAGUACGCAACCAAUAGAUUUCUUUUGUCCUUAUUAUCAGUAUCAGUGCAUAAGUAAAUUGACUAGACAAGAACGAAAGCGAUUUUCUUUACUGGAAUAAGUACAAGUUAUAAUUUUUGUGAGCCGCCAUGCCCCGCGACAGCCCCGAACUCCGCUCCCUGCCGGACAAGAUCCUAGGGCCGAUCAUCAACAACCUGCAGAGGUUCCCCAACGAAACGGUGGACUUCCGGACGCCCCACCUCCGCCAGUCCCUCGUGAACAUCUACCCUCUCUUCCUGGUGCUCUACGGCACCCUGGUCAUCAUGGGCACCGUGGGCAACGUGGCCAUGAUCGUCCACAUCCUCCGUCGGCGCCUGUACCGGGAUCCCACCUGCGCCUUCAUCAUGAACGUCGGCGUGUGCAAUUUCAUCAUGAGCGUCUUCCUGCUGCCCCUGUCGCUGGCCAUCUUGCUCAUUCAGAACUGGAUCUUCGGGUCUUUCCUCUGCUAUUUCGUCCCAAUGCUGCAGGACGUCCCAAUCCACGCCACCAUCACCACCUUGGUGUUCCUGGCGCUGGACAGGUACCUCCUGAUGGUGCAUCCCCCGAAGACCAGGGUCCCGCCCUUCAUAGCUGUCCUAGGGAUAUGGGUCCUGUCCGUGUGCAUAGUCCUGCCGUACGCUGUCUACAUGAACUACAUCGACCUGCAGGUGAUUUUUGGGAAGCAGUUCGAAGGCGUUGGCAUCUGCACAGUGAACCUUGGUGAUGACAUCGCUGAAUACAUCAGAGGGCUGUUUGUAAUAAUGUACGUGUUCCCUCUGGCGCUGGCCGCUUUUUUCCACAUUCGCAUAAGUAGCGAAAUCAAGAGCCAGGAGCCCCCGGUCCAUAUCUCAGCGAUGGACAGCAGGGACCCAGAGUCCCAGCAGGACAUCUAUACCCUUCAGGACAAUGGGCGAGCUUCCAGGACCGUUUCCCAGGACAACGACGGCUCCUCCAGGUCUACCAUGUACCAAGAUAACAGCGCCAUCUUGAGCGAGGUCGACGGGCGCGAGGAAUAUCUCCUCCACGACACCAACCAGCUGCCUUCCUUCCUCACGCCCUCCUCCACCAGGACCACGGGGGGCACGGAGACCCCAGUGGGCCACCAGAUCGAGGGGUCGCAGAUCGACCUGACGAAGGAAAAGAGGAACCAGAAGUACAUCGUCACCAUGACGGCUGCAGUGGCCCUGUGUCUCUGUCCUCUCAUGAUACUCAGGCUGGUCAAAAACAUGGUCCUGGAGACAUACGACAAUUCCGGUCACUUCGACAUCACCUUCAUCACUUUUGUGUGGGUGGCUUUUUUCCCCACCGUAUCCACGCCCGCCCUCUUUGCUUCCUGGAGGAUGUCCAGGUCGACCAAGGACCGCCUGGAAGGAUACCUCCGUUUCAGCAACAGAAGCCACAGGUCCACCUCCUCCCACGGAGGCCAGCAGCAUUUCCCAGCUAACCUGCAUUCCUAUCAUAGGGCUGACUAUAGAAUGUCUCUGGAGCGCACCCAAGGGGCCCCCGUCUCCUACUCCCCCGUGGCAUCCCACGACCCAGGAGGCAGGCAGGACCUCAUCACGACGAACCUCACAGGGGCGUCCUUCGUCGACCAGUAGCAGUGACGUCAGAUCAGUGGUCUGGUUUCCUGAAGAAGAAUAAGAAGGAGAAACUGAGCCUCAUGCAGGGCUAGUGGUGGCUUACUUGGUUGCCUGAGGGUUCCAGGAAACUAUCUGAGGCUUCCAGGAGACUAUUUUAAUCUCUAAAAGAGAAACUGUCCAUUUAGAGGCUGCAAGAAACUAAAACUAUAAAUGAAAUAAAUAAAAUUCAUCAUGAACAUUCCAAAAACCAAACUAAAAUCGUCUGAGCUCUGAUGAUUAGAAAUGAUUUUAUUCAACCUGUUGUUUUGGGUGGGAAAUUCUUUGGCUGUUUGCAGUUUAAUUCUGGGAAAGAAGAUUCAUACGUAAGUAUAGACGUUUAAGGAAAUGACGCUGCGUCUACUAGAAGCUUUGUAUAGUUUUAAGUGGAGAGAGAAUUAUUCCAGAGAUGUUCGUCGACGCUUAUUAGAAUAUGACAGAAAAAAAAUGUAGAGAGAGAAUUUAAACAUAGAUUAGUCUCGGAAAGAAAAUGGGAGAAACUAUGUCAGUGACGAAUAGAACAGAUAUUUCCUAGUUGUUAUGAGUAUACAUAUAUUUUUGUGCCCGUUUAUAAAUAAAUAUAGGUGUGUAUGUGUGUGUUCGUUUGCAAAUAAGAAAAAAUAAUAUAGAAUCUAGAGAAUUAUACGCAAAGAUUUAUACGUACUUAAUAGAAAAACUUAUCAUGUUUAGAGAUAUCACUUUAGAUUCAAUAUUUGAAGGAAAAUAUUCCUGAAACAAUGUAAAGACAUAAUUUUAGUCUGUUAGCUUUUAAUUUAUGUGCAGGAUCUAAGAAGAUGCAGAAGACUUUUAUGGAAAAGAGGAUACAACAUGUAUAUUUUAUUUGUUCAUGAAUAAUCUAUGGCUGUAUUUGUACAUAAAUGCAUACAUUAUGCAUAUGCUCACGAGGUAUGUAUGAUUCAAGAAUUGAAACGAAUAAAUGUGAUUGUCAGAGGUUCUGGAGACUGGUGAAAUAUCUCCUUUUAUAAUAGAUAACAAUUAUACAUUCUUAAGUGGGAUUAACUUCGUUUAUUAAAAGUAAUAUUUUCACGAAGGGUGCUAGAAAUAUUAUGUUUUUUUUCUUUCUCUUAGUCAUUUUUUCUUUGUUUUGAAGAGGCUGCGUUAAUUUGCCCUCUCUUAAGAAGGCUUUGGAUGACCAGGUUGUACUCCGAGACGUUCCAGUAAUACGAGGCUUUCAGACAUACGAGAUCAUUUAUUUGGGUUAGUUUGGACAUUUUUAUUCAACAAUCAAACUGCUCCAUUUUUCAUUAAAAAAAAGCUCUUAUAUAAGUCAAAGCACAGGCUUUCAAUUC